ACGGCGACAGAGACCUCGGGGUGCGUCUCUGGUCAAAUAUCUUUUUGAGGAGAUAGUAUGCUCACCUUCGCCAGUAGCGCCAGUGUCAGCGCAAGCGCGAGUGCACUUAGAGUAACGGGCGCGAGUGCACCGGGCGUAACGAGCACGAGUGCACCGGGAGUCACAAGCGCGAGUGCACUGGGAGUCACAAGCGCGAGUGCACCGGGAGUCACAAGCGCUACCGAAUCAGCGACCGGCUCAAGUUCGACGAUCAGUCGCAUGCCCUUUGAGCCGCCGAGUGGCUGAGUAGGGGGUUGGUCGAGGACGCCUGAAGGGCUGGCCGAGGACGCCUGAAGGAUAGGCCGAGGACGCCUGAAGGGUUGGCUGAGGACGCCUAGAGGAUCGGCAGAAGCCGCGGCGGUCUUCAACCCAUGGACGGACUUCGUCGUCACGGUGAUAUCGGACGGACAUUCGUCAUACAAAGCGCUACAGACGCAUAUACGAUACCCUUCUUAUGCGAUGUGAGUGAGGUACGAAGAGCAGCCGCGACAUGGAAGGCGAACAUGAUGGUCGGG